CCUCCCCUACCGCCGGGCCGGAACUGACUGACGUUGGACCGCAGCCUCUUUUGCUUUGAGUCACUGUUCUCCAUUUUCUUGCUCCCGAGCGGUAACUGUAGGCAAGAAGAGAAAACAUCAACUGCAGAAAAAAUGAAUGAAGAAUACGAUGUCAUCGUGCUGGGGACCGGACUCACGGAAUGCAUCCUGUCUGGUAUCAUGUCGGUGAAGGGCAAGAAGGUGCUGCACAUGGACCGGAACUCGUACUACGGUGCGGAGAGUGCUUCCAUCACCCCGCUGGAGGAUCUGUACAAGCGCUUCAGUAUCCCAGGAAGCCCCCCUGAAUCCAUGGGGAAGGGUCGGGACUGGAACGUGGACCUCAUCCCCAAGUUUCUCAUGGCUAAUGGUCAGCUGGUGCGAAUGCUGCUGAUAACACAGGUGACGCGGUACCUGGACUUCAAGGUCAUCGAGGGCAGCUUUGUCUAUAAGAAGGGUAGCAUCUACAAGGUGCCCUCCACCGAGGCGGAAGCACUGGCCUCCAGUCUGAUGGGGCUCUUUGAGAAGCGGAGGUUCAGGAAGUUCUUGGUGUUUGUUGCCAAUUUCGAUGAAAGUGAUCCCAAAACAAUGGAGGGUGUCGACCCAGCGAAGAUGACCAUGCGAGAUGUUUAUAAGAAGUUUGACCUGGGUCAGGAUGUCAUUGACUUCACUGGCCAUUCCCUGGCCCUCUACAGGACAGAUGACUAUCUGGACCAGCCGUGCCUAGACACAAUAAACAGGAUCAAGCUGUACAGUGAAUCCCUGGCCAGAUACGGCAAGAGCCCAUACCUGUACCCACUUUAUGGCCUGGGGGAGCUGCCCCAGGGCUUUGCCAGACUAAGUGCCAUUUAUGGAGGGACCUACAUGUUGAACAAGCCCAUAGAGGAGAUUGUCAUGGAGAAUGGGCGGGUUGUGGGCGUGAAGUCUGAGGGCGAGAUCGCUCGCUGUAAGCAACUGAUUUGCGACCCGAGCUACAUUAUGGACAAAGUGAGUAAGGUGGGUCAGGUGAUCCGUGUCAUCUGCAUCAUGAACCACCCCAUUAAGAAUACCAGCGAUGCCAACUCCUGCCAGAUCAUCAUUCCCCAGAACCAAGUCAACAGGAAGCAUGAUAUCUACGUGUGCAUGAUCUCCUAUGCUCACAACGUGGCCGCACAGGGAAAGUACGUGGCCAUAGUCAGCACCACAGUGGAGACUGGAGAUCCUGAGAAGGAGAUCAAACCAGCCCUGGACCUUCUGGAGCCUGUGGAGCAGAAGUUUGUGAGCAUCAGUGAUCAGUAUAAGCCAACUGACAUGGGUGCAGAAAGCCAGGUCUUCAUCUCCCGUACAUAUGAUGCCACCACACACUUUGAGACAACCUGUGACGACAUCAAGGACAUCUACAAGCGCAUGACGGGCACAGAAUUCGACUUUGCCGAAAUGGAACGCAAGAAGAACGACAUCUUUGGCGACGCUGGUGACCAGUAGUGGAAUUGAGCUCUCGCCCAAUUUAGCAGAUAUCUAAAACGCGAUCUUACACAGUGCUGGCUCAUGAUCCACGUAUAUGUUUUGCCCAUUAUGAAAGCUGAGGAUGUUGGUAUUCUUUAUAUCUGGGCUGGGGGCUGCUUUUUGUAAUUACACUUUGACAAGCAUCGGGCUGCCGUUGUAAAUGCCCAGUCUUUCUUUUCCAGCAUAAUGUAACCAUUUUUUUUCCCCCAGGAAAAAAUGUUCUGUCAAUAUGCCAAAAUGAUUAGUUUUACCCAAAUGGUUAUGAAGAGGAUUAUUCAGCACUAAUAAAUAGUAUUUUUACAUUUGGUAAAUUCUGUACAAAACAAAAGUGGCCAGGUGUAUACAUGAAGGUGCGGGGGGGUAAUUUUGAGGAAAUCUAUUUGGGAGCUUCACCAAUACUAUGAAGAAAUGAGGCAGAAUUGUUAGCCCUCCGUGUUUUUGCUGCCCAGAGCCGUGCUGAAGGUGCUGGCCAUAAAAUGGAAGAGUAACACUGAAGCUGCUCGUAGAUGUGGGAGCAGGGGAGAGGGGGGGGGGGGCUGGCUGGGCAAGCAGCUUCUGCAGCUUUCAACCAAGGACCAAACUGUUGCAGUCAGUCCUGUAUGAGCCCUUAAUAUGAAAAUAAAUGACAAAUGUAAUAGGUGGAAACCUUGGCCUGUUAAAAUGUUUCUUUGCAUUUAGCCUUUUUAGCCUGUAGGCAACUGGAGUCUGAGUUUGCUAAUCACGUUUCCCUCAAGUCAGCCUUGCUAUGUUCUCUGUACAGUAUUUACUGCUGGUCUUAACUGUAAAACACUUUUAUUAGUUUAGGAAAAAAAUUUACAAAAGUCAGAUCUGUUCUACAAAGACUAACUUCUGACAACCCAGAAAAUAGACCUCUGAAAUGUCACAAUAAGACUUCUUGUAUUUCACUAAGUUGAACGUGGAGGCCCCUUCUCUGUCCUGAGGCAUACAAGCAGUAUACAAAAACAAAUACAUCUGUAAAUAUAUAGAACAACUUGCAGAGGAGUAGCAAAAUCAUGUGCUGAUGUUGUUCUGCCAUCCACACAGAACCUAACCCUGAAUUAUACAACUUUAAACUGCUUUACGCACAAGGAGCUUAAUGCUGAUGAGAAGUCAUUUGUAUUCACACCGACAGGUGGUGUGGUUGUGCCAGAAAGAUUGGAAAAAUAACCCUUUUUAACUUUUCCAUCAGGAAAGAGGUCAUCACCAAGCGAUAAAUAUGUCUGAAAUAUGUACAUAUUGACAUGACUGUAUGCCAUCCUGUGACAGCCUACCCAAUAUUAAAUUCUUGCUGCAAAACUAUUCACAAAACUCUGCAAGUGUUGAGAUUCUCCUAGAAAUUCGUAGAAAGGUGUCGAUGUCCAUCGCAAAAAUCCCGUAGUUCUCAAAAUUAUCAUCUGGUACAUCUGCAAAGAGGAGAAAAAAAGUGGAGCGGUCACCCAACCCAGCUGGAUUCUUCCACCACUAGGUGGUGCACUCCUGCAGUGAGGCCCAUACAGGCUAAUGUGUUCCAUGUACCUCAGAGGUCGGAACUCAGAACUGGGAAUGACGCCACACACAAGUUAAUAGCAUUCCAGUACAGCAAGUCAGAAAGCCAUUUAGCGAUACCAGAUACCCGUUUCAAAAAGCAAGAUUUCUUACGGAUAACUUUUGUUCACUUACAUUUAACCCAGACUACCUUAAAUCUGACAAGUUUUCCAGCUGAGCAAGAAGUCCUACUUCCUGAAACAGUCCCUGGUUCUAGCCUGGUUAAUUGCUAGCCAUUGUUAGCAGUAUCAUUUGAUAAAAACAUGUAUUUUGUGCAUAAACAUACUGUAGUAAUAUGUCCACAGAUAGCAGUUGGAUAAUCCUAUGUGUACAACUGAUUUAAUGAACCACAAAUAAGACGUACGUGCUAAUAAAUGGUGCAAAACUA